CAAUAAGAAAAUAGAUUUACUACUACUCACAAACAACAUUAAAACAAACUCUUGCUAGAGCUGUACCUUGAGAGCGAUGGCAAGCAUGAUAAAGCUCUGCAAUUUCUGCAGAGCGGAAAUUAGAGUGCCCUUUGAGGCGCGAAGAGGGAUAGAGUGUCCUGUAUGUGGCAAUAUCAACAGCUAUGGCGGCCCUCCUAUUGCCAGACAGUAUGCUGGUAAUGGACCUCAACAAAAUGGCUAUCAAUAUCCACCUCCCCGGAGACCAGCACCACGAGGUCCUCCUGGCGGGGCAAAUGGCCAUGGUUAUUACCAACAACCAUGGUCUCCUCAAGCCUCUGACGAUGAUUAUAUUGAGCACCCUCCACCUCCAAGACAAGGACCUUUUCAUCUCGUCAGACCUAACAGACAUAGUUAUCAACCGCCACCACAAGUAGCACCUCGUCCAAUGCGUCCUAACUUCUAUCAACAACCACCACCGCGCAGACCAUCCUAUCCACCUUAUAAUAAUGACUAUUAUCAACCACAGCCUCGUCCAAUGAUAAAAGUGAACAAUAUCUAUCGACCACCACAGCCACAGGGCCCUCGUCGCCCGGCUUAUAAUGGUUACUAUCAACAACCAUCACCAAUGCCGAUGGAAGAGGAGGAUUACCACUAUCAAAAUCAACCAAUUCCUCAAGCAUCACAUCGCCCAGUCCAUGACAACAACAAUGGUUAUGAUGAACAAGAAACACCUCCUUUGGAUGAUUAUUACCAAGAACAGUUGCAAACUUCACCACAGGUAUAUAGUCAUGGUUAUUAUCAGCAUCCUUUACGCACACCUCAACCACAAUCCGUAUCACAUGUGACACGACCUCAGGUACCCAAUAAUGGUUCUUAUCAACGACAACCUUCACGCGCAGAAUCACAAGCUCAAUCAAGUCCAAUGAAUGGCAAUAAUAAUCAACAGUUCUCGCACAAUCAAGAGGGAUCACCACCACAACCUCCUCCUCAAGCUAGGCCCAACGGAUACAAUCAGCAACAACCAGGACUUACAGUAACUUCAUCUCAUAUCCAACAAGUAACAGCACAUACAUCAAAUGCACAACCAGCCUACGGAAGGAAGAAGGCAGUGGUAUGCGGCGUGAGCUACCUCGGACAAAAGAACUACCUUGAAGCAAGCAGUAGUGAUGCCAGGUCUAUAAAAGACUUUCUUGUCAACAAUCUGAAAUUUCCAGAAGCAUCCAUCUUUCUCCUCACAGAAGACGAAGAGGAUCCAUCCCGGAUACCGACAAGGAUCAACAUCUUUAGGGCCUUAAAAUGGCUGGUUGAAAGCUGUCAACCAGGAGAUUCACUGGUUUUCUACUACACAGGCCAUGGCUCAAAAGAACGCGAUUUUGAUGGAGAUGAAAUUGAUGGCUUUGACGAAGUGUUAUGCCCUGUUGAUUAUCAGACUGCUGGUAAGAUAACAGAUGACGAAAUCAAUGCUACAAUUGUUCGACCUCUGCCUCCUGGAGCCAAGCUUCAUGGCAUCAUUGACUGCUGUUUCAGUGGAACUGUCCUGGAUCUCCCUUUUUUGUCUAAAACCGACAGCAAAGGAACAAGUAGAUGGGUAGAUCAGAGAAUACAAUACGCGGCUUAUAAAGGAACAAGCGGGGGAAUCGCCAUCUCCAUUAGCUCUUGUACUGAUCAUCAGAAGUCUGGAGACACAACUGCUUUCACUGGGAAAUCUACUGGAGCUUUAACUUACAGCUUCAUUCAUGCACUAAGGAAACAACCCAACAUAACAUACGGAAGCUUACUCAAUUCUAUGAGGACCACUAUCACUCAGGUUCAACAAAGGGACCAACCACCACAGGAGCCUCAGAUAUCGUCAACAGAAAAAUUUGACAUUCACUCGAAACCUUUGAUCAUGUAAACAACCAUAUAAGAAAGGCAAAUGUAAGGUUUCCAUCUGGUUUUUGUAAGCUAGGUCCGUAGCAUGUCCAAACUGUCUUUCAGUUCCAUCAUGAAUAUUAAGGCGACAUUCAGUUGCAUUCAUGAUUCAACUAGUAUUGCUCUGCUUUUCCAUCUGGUGUAAACAAAUCAUCACCACCACCCGUAAUAGCAGUACAAAUAUAAGCACCAAUAAGGAUUUUUUUUAUA